AUGGAGGACUUCGCAUCCAAUUUCCUGACCGCCAUCAACGAGGCUCCCCUUCCGCAAUGCGAUGGCGGCGAGGAUGACGGACACCAGAAGGCCGAGCCCGACCCGACGAAGAAAGGGAGGGGCUUCCGCGGUGGCAUUUUCAGCGCCGCGAACCUCCAGGACAGCCUCCUAGAGAAGCUCCUGUCCCAAGUGAUACCCGCCGAGGAUGGCCAGGGCCAGCACCUCAACGAUCUCCGGGGCAGCGACAUGCCCGCCUACGCCUCCGAGCGGCCGGGCUUCUCCCUGCCGCUGAUGACGGCCAACUUCAGGAGAUUCAACGCCCGGAUCGGCGUUGUGUUUAGUUUCCAGACCCGUGUCUUCCGCCUGCUGUCGUGGCGCCGGCCCACCCAGACUCUCUCCCUGCUGGCCGUCUACACCUUCGUCUGCCUGGACCCCUACCUCCUCCUCGCGCUGCCCCUCGCCAUCGCCCUCUUCGGCAUUCUCGUGCCCUCCUUCGUCACCCGCCACCCGGCACCAUCCUCCGACCCAGACCGCGUCCGCAACCUGGGCUACUCCCCGCGCGGUCCGCCGCUCGCCCCGGCGCGCACCGUCAAGCCGGCCAAGGAGCUCUCGCGCGACUUCUUCCGCAACAUGGGCGAUCUCCAGAACGUCAUGGAGGACUUCAGCGUUGCCCACGACAAGAUCGUCGCCCUCGUGGUGCCCAAGACCAACUUCUCCGACGAGGCCCUCUCCUCCGCCGUCUUCGUCCUCUUGUCCGCCGCCUGCCUCGUCAUGCUCAUCGCAGGGCACCUCUUACCGCUGCGCUUCCUGGCCCUGGCCGGCGGCUGGGCAGGCAUCUGCUCCGGCCACCCGGCCGUGGCACGCUGGAUCCAGCAGGCCCAGCGCCAAUACACAGAAGAAACCCAAGAACAGCAGCAAGACAAUAAUACCGAGAAACAACCGAAAUGGUACCACCCCUCCUCGCUACUCCAAACCCUCCUCUCAGACAUCCACCUGGACCUCUCCCCGGAAACCCGCGAGGUCGAGAUCUUCGAACUCCAACGGCUGUCCCAUUCCUUGUCGUCGGGGGAGUGGGAGCCCUGGCUGUUCUCCCCUUCGCCCUACGACCCCCUCUCGGCGGCGCGCAUCGCGGGCGACCGGCCGCAGGGCACGCGCUUCUUCGAGGACGUGCUGCCGCCCGAGGGGUGGGAGUGGAGCGAGAAGAAGUGGGCGCUGGACCUGUGGAGCCGCGAGUGGGUCGAGGAGCGCAUCAUCACGGGCGUCGAGGUCGAGACCGAGGGGGAGAGGUGGGUGUACGACAUGUGGAGUGGUGGGGAGGCCGGGGUUGAGGAAGGGGAGGAGUCGGGGAGUGCGCAACAGCAGCAGCAGCAGGGGAGGCUUAGGCCGGGUGUGAGUUGGGAGGAAGGGGAGGAGGGGACGGGACGGCGGGGGCAGUGGAGGAGGCGCAGGUGGGUGAGGAUGGUGAAGCGGAAGAAGGUCAGCUCCGAGGGUUCGUGA